UUUUUUUUGAGUGCUAAACGUUUUAUUAAACAACAAUUUAAUUGAAAGUAACAAACGCUGCGUGCCACUCAGAUUAUAUAAAUGUUGCCAUGGAGUCGAUUACGUUCGGAGUAUUGACAAUUAGUGACACCUGUUACCAGGAGCCGGCGAAGGAUCGCAGCGGGCCGCGUUUGAUGGCGUUGAUACGCCAAUCGUUUGACAAUGCCCAGGUGGUUGCCAGUGUGCUGCCCGACGAGCGCGAUCUGAUCCAGCGUGAGUUGCGCAAAUGGAUCGAUCGGAAUGAUGUGCGUAUCAUAAUAACCACCGGGGGCACUGGCUUUGCACCGCGAGAUGUUACGCCGGAGGCAACAAAGCCCCUGCUGGACAAGGACUGCAAUCAGCUAAACCUGGCCAUUGCAUUGGCAUCGCUGCAGAAGACCAAAUUUGCUGCCCUAUCCCGUGGCGUUUGCGGCAUUGCCGGCAAUACGCUUGUGCUCAAUUUUCCGGGUAGCGAGAAGGCCGUGGGCGAGUGCUUCGAGGCGGUACGCGAACUGCUGCCGCACGCUCUCCAUCUGAUCGGUAACAAUGUGGCACUUGUUCAACGCACGCAUGCCGAAGUGCAAGGCUCGGUUGCGGCACUGCCAAAGGUACUGAGACGUGACCAUGUGUGUCCGCACCAGACGGGCGCCGGCGACGAUGUCGAUCGCAAUUCACCGUUUCCAAUGCUGCCAGUGCACCAGGCGCUGGACACCAUUCUCAGCGUGGUGCAGCGCAACAACGCCACAAAUCAGCAGAUGGACGCGCUGCUCUCACCGAUCAACAUACCGCCCUUUCGGGCGUCCAUUAAGGAUGGCUAUGCAAUGAAGUCGACCGGCUUUCCGGGCACCAAGCGUAUUGUGGAUUUUAUUGCUGCCGGCGACAAGGUUAGCCUACAUCCGUUGCAGGAGGACGAGUGCUUCAAGAUCAAUACGGGCGCGCCACUGCCCGAGGAUGCGGACUGUGUGGUCCAGGUGGAGGACACCAGGCUGUUGCAGCGCGACAAAUAUGGCGAGGAAAGCCUAGUCGACAUCCUGGUCGAGCCCAAGGCGGGACAGGAUGUGCGUUCAAUUGGGCACGAUCUGCGCAAGGGCGAUAAAGUGUUUCCCGCUCCCGAUUACUCGCCCGUUGUCUUCAAAUCGUUGCUGGCCUCCGUUGGCUGUCAGCUGCAACGGCGCAAGCCGAAAGUGGCCAUUAUCUCAACUGGCAGCGAGCUGCUCGCACCCCAGCAGCCAGCCGACGCUGGCAAAAUCUAUGACUCGAAUACAACCAUGCUGGAGGAGCUGUUGCUCUAUUUCGGCUUCGACUGCAUGCAGCAGCAUGUGCUCGGCGACGACCUGAUGACCAUAACACUCACCCUGUCGAAUAUAUUCGAUGCUGUGGACUUUGUCAUCUGCAGCGGCGGCGUCUCAAUGGGCGACAAGGACUUCAUUAAGCCGGCGCUGGAGCAUCUCAAAUUUAAAGUGCAUUUCGGACGCGUCAACAUGAAGCCUGGCAAACCGAUGACCUUCGCCAGCAGAGGCACCAAGUACUUCUUUGGCCUGCCCGGCAAUCCCGUGUCCGCCUUUGUCACAUUCCAUCUGUUCGCACUGCCCGCCAUCCGCUGGGCCGAUGGCUGGGAGCGCGCCAAGUGCCCCCUGCCCAUAAUCAAUGUGGCGCUGCUCAAUGAAGCCAUCGAUUUGGAUGCACGUCCCGAAUAUGUGCGCGCCUCGGUGAGCAGCAUCAAUGGCCAGCUGCAUGCCAGCGUCAAUGGGAAUCAGAUCAGCAGCCGGCUGCAGAGCAUUGUGUGCGCCGAUGUGCUCAUCCAUUUGCCAGGACGCACAGCAACCAAAUCGCAGGCGCGUGCCGGUGAAAUCUACAGCGCCUCGGUGCUGCGCUAUGAUUUCAUCUCCAGAUACGAAUAAACUACUCGCUCCGCCCGGAAGCAGUUCCCAGCACAAUCCGAAAUAAAACAAUAAAACACACACGCAACAAGGAACAAAACUGAAAUGUAAACAAACCAACAAGUAUCAUAUAUAUAUAUAUAUAUUCGUGUAU